AUGAGCCAGGGCCGCGCGCUCGCGGUGGCACCGCCGUCGCCCGGGGGUGGCAGCGCCGCGUACUCAGAGGAUGAGGACGAGUGCACGGACGAGCUGAUCGACCGCAUAUUGGAAAACUACCAAUUUCACUUCAAGCCUGAGACCCGCGUCAAGCUCAAGCAGCGGCUGAACGACAUGUCCAUCGGCGCGUGCUACAGCAAACCGUGGGGCCGCGAGCCGCGGUGGCGCUUCACGCUCAAGCCCGCGGCCAAGGACGCCGCCGUGGGGAAGUACGUGCGCAGCCUGCUGGUGAUCCCGGCUAUGUCGACGGCAGCGGUUUUCUCGAGCAAGAUCCAGCUCAGCGUCUUCCGACUGCAGUUCGUGGCGUCCUACAACUGGCAGCGCAGGGCGCCCAGCCUGGAGUACAGGCUGACGACCAAGUGGAGCGACGGGCCCCGCAUAAAGCGGAAGGAGCGGUUCCAAGUGUCGGACCGCUGCCACGUGCGGUGCAAAUGGAACCUGGAGGCCCACCUGCCCGACAUGGAGGGGCACGUCGGCGGCGGCGGCAACGCGGUGGACGUGGACUACGGCAGCUUGAUGUUUGACAUCUCGCAGCUGGACGUGUGCCUCGACAUCAGCUGA